GGCCAGGGUAAGAGAAAUCUCUCGAUUGCUCCCCAUAUUUUACCAAAGAGAUGCCGGAUGAUGACGUUUCCUUGCCGCAGUGAGAGAGUGAGACCGCGUUGUCAAAGAAGACAAGCCACACGAGCUGAACGAGGAAAUACGAGUCAGGAACCGAAAAAGCCAUCAACAAACGACAUGAAUCUACGUGGGUGCCAAAAUGUUGCACUGCUGCAAACAUAUUUAAGCUAGAGAAUUCCAUGUCUUGGGAUUCAAACCUCAAGUCAAUGUGCCGGUCCAUCUUCCUCGUCUCACCCGUCUCAUAAUUAAUAUUUAAUACUCACCUCGCCGUCAAAAACCCACGAUCCCGUCGUCACACACACCAGACACCAUGCAGCAAUCAGACACAGGUCUCCUCGAUCCGCGAUGGAAGCUACGGGGGCACAUCAUCGUGCUAUUUCUCGCCGUCCUAGUCAUUGUGCUCACGGGCGUCUACAUGAGCAUAAGCGCCUUCUUCACCAGGCCCGACAUCAUGGCGAUCCCUUUCGCCGUCAAAACACUUGUUUUCAUCACGUACCAACUUGUUACCGAACACACGGAACGGUUCGCCAAGUGGAGGAGUCUAAAGGCCAACUUGAUCUUGAACUGCAUCGAGCCGGUCUUCUGGCUCACCCUCGUCAUCCUCAAGUUCAUGGGGAUCACCAGGUCUUGCAGUGGGAGCGGCUGCGCUGUGACUUGGAUUAUUACCUUGGUGGCGAUUACCAUCUUCUCCAUACAAACCGAUUCCUCCACGGCAGGCCCGUCCCAAAACACCAGGAGAAGGGGACAAAAAGCCGUGCGACGGGCUCACGAGAAAUCUCGGACCGGUUGCCGGACUUGCAAGAAGCGCCGGAUCAAGUGUGAUGAAAAGCGGCCCUCAUGUCGAAAUUGUGAGAAACACGCCGUGACAUGCGAUUUCGUGCGAUCCCAGCCUUCAUCCGCUUUCACGCCUGUGUCGCCAUACGCAGAACAAGGACAGGGAGGGCCUGCUGAAUUCUCACCCACGUCCCAGCCCUCCUGCGAUAUCAACAUGAUCGACCUUGAGCUGAUGCACAACUUCACAACCUAUACCUGCACCACCUUGGCGAGCGACCCAUCAGUCCGGCAGUUCAUGCGGACCACCGCCGUCCAAAUGGCUACGGAUUGCGAGUACAUCAUGCGCUCUAUUCUAGCCGUGUCUGCUCUUCACCUCUCUCGAUAUCGCCCCCAAAAGAAAAAGACCUACCUCCAGCGCGCUAUGCAGCACCAUCAAGCCGCGACCUCAACCGCCCUCGAGCUGAUGACCAACUUGAAGACCGACGAGUGCGAAAGGCUCCAUAUCUUUUCCAUGCUCACGGUUUACUACGCUCUGGGAUGCCCCGUCGAUGAGGUUGAUCUGGCCCCCGAGAGCCCCUUGAUCCCUCACUGGCUACGGCUCCUUCACGGCAUGGAACCGAUCCUGCACAUGCUCCGGCCGCAAACCUACCGUGGGAUACUGACGCCGCUGUUUGACUUUGGCCGCAGACGCAUGACACCCUUCCUGAAGACAACACCCCCGCGGAACCCGACCUUGCUGGUAGACAUCCAAUCCCUGAUUCACAGGGCCUGUAAAGAUACUAGCCUCCUCCCCAUUUACGACGACAUGAUCGAGCAACUCCGUCGUAUGCUCGGUUUAAUCUUGACGCCAAGCGGCGAACCCGCGGGUACAGCGCCUGCUUAUCCUAAUUCUCAGAGCGGUCAAAACGGGUUGGAGAACUCACAAUCGCCGAGCGCAAACCAGUCACCAGCAGCGGAGGUAGUGGCGCCACCAGCGUGGACGAAGCUCGAGGCGUGGGACAUCCUAGUCUGGCAGUGGACACAAGGAAAAGAGUUUCUCCCGCUGCUCGAAGCCGCCACUCCGCCACAGGAGGCAGUCGUCAUAUUUGCUUACUGCCUGCUCGCGCUGAGAAAGCUAGAGAACCAGUGGUGGGUAGAAGGCUGGGCCGACCAUCUGAUGGGCAAGACCUGGGCGUUGCUGGACGAGGAACAUCGCCAUUGGGUGGUCUGGGCGACCGAGGAGAUGGGCUGGAUCCCCCCGAGAUAAUGCGAGCAUGUAGUACAAAUGCUAGGCCGUUGACUCCCG